UCAAAGCCUUCUCCUCAAGCAGUACUUCACCCUCCGGCACUAGACGCCUCCAGGGAGCUGGAGCGGAGCAGGGCUCGGUGGGCCAGUUCUUAGCAACCCAGGGCUAACACCCGGUGUGGAGAGGAACAACCACAGACGCGGCGGCUUUGCCAGGCGCUCUGGAAGUGCAGGAGACGCGCCCGCCUGCCUCGGCUGCCGCACCCAUGACCUCUAGUUUCAGCUGUGAACCUGGGCGGAGGAAUAAUUGAGGAACUCACGGAACUAUCAACUGGGGACAAACCUGCGAUCGCCACGGUCCUUCCGCCCUCUCCUUCGUCCGCUCCAUGCAGAAGAGCUGCGCUCUGGGGCCGGGGCGAGGAGAACCAUGGAGGAACCGGGUGCUCAGUGCGCUCCACCGCCGCCCGCGGGCUCCGAGACCUGGGCUCCUCAAGCCAACGUAUCCUCUGCUCCCUCCCAAAACUGCAGCACCAAGGACUAUAUUUACCAGGACUCCAUCGCCCUACCCUGGAAAGUACUGCUGGUUAUGCUACUGGCGCUCAUCACCUUGGCCACCACGCUCUCCAAUGCCUUUGUGAUUGCCACAGUGUACCGGACCCGGAAGCUACACACCCCGGCUAACUAUCUAAUCGCCUCUCUGGCGGUCACCGACCUGCUCGUGUCCAUCCUGGUGAUGCCGGUCAGCACCAUGUACACUGUCACCGGCCGCUGGACACUGGGCCAGGUGGUCUGUGACUUCUGGCUGUCGUCGGACAUCACCUGUUGCACUGCCUCCAUCCUGCACCUCUGUGUCAUCGCCCUGGACCGCUACUGGGCCAUCACGGACGCUGUGGAGUACUCAGCUAAAAGGACUCCCAAGAGGGCGGCGGUCAUGAUCGCGCUGGUGUGGGUCUUCUCCAUCUCUAUCUCGCUGCCGCCCUUCUUCUGGCGUCAGGCCAAGGCCGAAGAGGAGGUGUCGGACUGCGUGGUGAACACCGACCACAUCCUCUACACGGUCUACUCCACGGUGGGUGCUUUCUACUUUCCCACCCUGCUCCUCAUCGCCCUCUAUGGCCGCAUCUACGUGGAAGCCCGCUCCCGGAUUUUGAAACAGACGCCCAACAGGACCGGCAAGCGCUUGACCCGAGCCCAGCUGAUAACGGACUCCCCCGGGUCCACGUCUUCGGUCACCUCUAUUAACUCGCGGGUUCCCGACGUGCCCAGCGAAUCCGGGUCUCCUGUGUACGUGAACCAAGUCAAAGUGCGAGUCUCCGACGCCCUGCUGGAAAAGAAGAAACUCAUGGCCGCUAGGGAGCGCAAAGCCACCAAGACCCUGGGGAUCAUUUUGGGAGCCUUUAUUGUGUGUUGGCUGCCCUUCUUCAUCAUCUCCCUAGUGAUGCCGAUCUGCAAAGAUGCCUGCUGGUUCCACCUAGCCAUCUUUGACUUCUUCACAUGGCUGGGCUAUCUCAACUCCCUCAUUAACCCCAUAAUCUAUACCAUGUCCAAUGAGGACUUUAAACAAGCGUUCCACAAACUGAUACGUUUUAAGUGCACGAGUUGACUUGCCAAUUGCAGUGGGGUCGCCUAAGCGACCUUUGGGGACCAAGUUGUGUCUGGUUCCACAGGUAGGUCGAAUCUUCUUUCGCGGUUACUGGGUCCCAGCGGCGCUCUCUCUCCUGAGCAAGGGCAAUGGAUCCUGAGAAGCCAGGAUAGUCCUGAGAGAGAGCCCUGAAAGGAGAAGUGUUCAAACUAAACGUAGAGCUUCCCAGCCCAGGAAGAGGCUCACUUCCUCCCCCUCAAGCCUCGGGCUCAGCACUGACCCCUGCGGCAGCCAAUCCCAAAGGGGAUUGCAACUUUUAAAAAUUGAUUAUGGAAGGGGAUCCCUGCCCUGCUUUGGUAUCAUGGAUAAUGCCCACUAGAACCAGUGUAUUUGUAAUUGUUGUCUGAAGCUUGUCUGAGACAGAUCUACAUACAGCCUGGCAGUACUUGAACUAGACGCUUAAUGCCCUGUGUUUUUGGGGAGAACUUUGUGUUACAGCUUAAUUUAAGAACAGUUACUUUGGCAUCAUUCAGUCUUCAGUUUUUGUCUAUUUAAACUUGGUUGGAGAAACUUGUGGAUUUGGUGCUUCAAACCCUAUGUGUGGCUUGGAUGGCGCAGAGAAACCUUGAAGAGUUAACAGCAAAAUUCUGAUGCUGAGAUCUCUAUUUUUAUUAUACUUGAAACUAUAUGGGGGUGGGAGGGUGGGAAUGGGAGAUGAGAGUGUUAAACUGAGAAUCAACACCUAUGAUUGUUUGUUUUCUGCAGAUUUGUAAUUUUGUAAUUCUUGUUUAGCAAUGGUCAAACCACAGCUCUAACAAACAAACCAUUAUGUGUGCUAGUGCCAAAGUCUGCAGACUGCUUUUUUUUCUCCUAAUUUCAUGUACCUGUCACUUUACACAUUUAAAUCCCCAUAAAUGAAGGGUAUGAUGGGUGACUCAGCCCACACUGCUGCUAUAUUUCUUACUAAUGCAAUUGGUAAAACCGAUUAGUAUUGGAGAUAUACUGUUCCUUAACAAGAAAAGUGUCUUUAUUUUUUAUUCAAUUGAGUGAGAUGUGAAGGAGACUGAUGACAGGGGACUAGUUCUUACACAAUUGAGGAAUGGGGUGGGGGUAAUAGAAGGAUGUAUAUUUUGACUUGUAAAAAAUCUUAAAAUGCAUGAGACUUUUAUCUGAUAGUCAUUUGCACUCUCCUUCCCAUCUGUGAUUCCUUGUGUGCUAACAUAUAAAGAAACCAAGAGAACUAUCUCCCUUCUCCAGAAACCUUUAAAAUACAGUAAGGGCUCUAAAAACGAUAUUGGAAAGAAAAUAGACUUGUUU